ACUGCUGGUGGUAGUGCUGGUGGUGGUACUGCUGGUGGUACUGCUGGUGGUACUGCUGGUAGUGCUAGUGGUGGUACUGCUGGAGGUUGCUGGCUCCCUUCCCUUGCGCUACUUCGUGCUCUUGGAGGAAAGUCCCAAAUCGUCAACCACACGGACGUCGCAGCAGCGGCGGCGGCGGCGGCGAUGUCCUCCCGCGUGUGGCUCCAUCGCCUCCUGGCGGCAGCGCUACUCGGCGCCGUGGCAGCCAACGGGGGCGUGCGCUGCUACAACACGCUGCUGCUGCCCUCCACGGCGGGGGAGGCGCCCAACGUGACGCUGUGCGCACAGAAGGACGCCUGCUUCGCCUACUACAAGAACACGAGCCAGGGACUGCGAGCCACCACUCAAGGAUGCUUCAUGAAGAGCAGCAACGGGUGCGACAGCAAGACGUGCAGCGUCGACUUCACGUUGUUCUGCUGCUGCAGCGAGGACCUCUGCAACGUCGCGACCGCCACCCUGGCGCCCACAGAAGAGGUGACGCCGGCAGCGGCGGCCCCGGGCGGCCACGCCAUGGUGGUGGUUCUCGUGUCGCUCACCGCCGCUGCCACGCUGCUCGUGGCGCUGCUCUACGCGCUGCGCCAGGGCUACAAGCAGUGGAAGAGGAAGAAGGGAAGAGCAGCAGAAGCCCAGCCUUAUCCCAGCAUCGACACCAACAAACUCAUGCUCAUAGAGCAAAUAGGUCGCGGGCGCUACGGCGCGGUGUGGAAGGGCGUGCUGGACGAGUGCACGGUGGCAGUGAAGGUCACGUCGCUGGAGAACCGCCAGAACUUCCUGAACGAGCGCGAGAUCUACCGCCUGCCGCUGGUCGCGCACGGCAACAUCACGCGCUUCAUCGCCGCUGAGGAGCGCAGCGGCCCUGACGGCCGGCCCGAGUUCCUCGUCGUCAUGGAGUACUACCAGCACGGCUCGCUGAGCAACUUCCUGACGAACAACGCGAGCGAGUGGGAAUGCUCGUGCCGCCUGGCGCAUUCGCUCACCCGGGGGCUCUCAUACCUCCACUCGGAGAUCGUCAAGAACGGCGACUACGACCAGUACAAGCCCGCGAUCGCGCAUCGGGACUUGAACAGCCGGAACGUGCUGGUGCGCGCAGACCACAGCUGCGUGCUCAGCGACCUGGGCCUCGCCAUGAAGCUGACGCGGCGCUCGCCAGUCCAGCGCGGCGGGGACGACGACACCUCCACCAUCUGCGAGGUGGGGACGUUCCGCUACAUGGCCCCGGAGGUGCUGGACGGUGCCAUUGACCUCACGGACUACGAGACGGCGCUCAAGCAGGUGGAUGUCUACUCGCUGGGCCUCGUCUACUGGGAGAUCUUCAUGCGGUGCCGCAACCUCUUCCCCGAGGGCCGAGCGCCGCCCUACGAGAUGGCGCUGCAGGCGGAGCUGGGCAACCACCCGUCCUUCGAGGACGUGCAGCACUUCGUGGCGCGGGAGCGGCAGAGGCCCAGGUUCCCCGACGCGUGGAGGGACGACAGCUUCAUGAUCUCCUGUCUCAAGGCGGUGAUUGAGGAGUGCUGGGAGCAUGAUGCCGAUGCCCGUCUCACGGCCAACUGCGCCGAGGAGAGGCUCGCCGAGCUGCAGUCCCUCCGCUCCCCGGGUCCCGCCGCCGCCACCACCGACACCACCGCCGCCGCCCCCACCAUGGAAACGAACAACAAAAUAAACUCGCUCCACGGGCAGCGCGACGGGCCCCGUUCCCCGGACGGCGUCUACAUCGAGGAGCCUCGCGGCGACCCCAACGGCCGGGUCAAAUGCCCGGGCCCCCGGGGCUCCGCGUGCGACCGCGGAAGCGUCGGCGAGAGCGGCGGCGAGGGGACGGCCGACGUCGCGGCCUCCUCCCGGGCGGAGGCGGAGCGUGGCUCGUCGCCGGUGCCGCCGGCAAACGGGACGCCGGCCGACCGCGACCCCGCGGCCUCCGUGCCCUUGCCGGGCGGCGACAACGCGGUGAAAUCGGGGAUCUCCGCGAGGGAAGGGGGGGAGGACUUCGGGGAGGGAAGGGGCGGAGGACUCCGGGGAUCGUCCGGCAAGAGUUUCCACGAGAUGGGCCUGCUGAACGGCAACCAAACCACGUACGCGGUGUACUGACGCCUGUGGCAGUCCGCCCCAUCUGGUAUUGACAGAGGCGUGGUCCGGUAUUCGGGGUACUUCCAUCGUCUGUAUCGUUUCCCACCGCUCGCCUGCCCGUUCCCCUACGCGGACCGACCAGCUGGGACCCAGCUCCAGGGGAGCCCGGGCCUCCUACUACCAUGAGGCCUGUGUUGGACACUGGUUAUUAGUUCUCCACUUGGCAGCAAACCAGGCGUAGACAACAGCAGUAUAGCAGCAACAAACAAUUUAAAUGUAUAAGUAUAUGCCACCUCAAUGCGACUUCAUCUCACGAUGCUUUUCCAAAAGCGAGUGCUUUAGGAAAGGUGGUGGUGGUGGUGAGGAAGGGUGAGCGGGGUGGGGGGGACAUUAGCACCGGCUCACUCCGAGAUGGUUCGCGCACAGAUCGAGGGCGUUCCGUUGGUAUCGUGACACGUCGAGACACGGAUGAUCUGUGAACACCUGCCAGGUCCGUCUGACCAACGUGGAGAUAUUUCAUAGAUUUGCGUUCAAUCAGUGCUUUCAGUACAGCUCUUCUCUAUUUUCUUUAAAAUGCUAUCCUUUGUUGUAAUGCAAUGUUUAUUUUUGAGUGCUUGGAGGCAAGCUUUGGUAGAUUCAUGAAAAUCUAAAGUAUAUUUUUAUGAUUUAUAAUAGAUUUUGGGUCAGAUGGCAUUAGUAAAAUCUGUGUUGUAAACCUCCUCCACCCGACAAAAACAAUUAAUUUAGUUUUAGUAGUAAUUAAUUUAGUUGCCAAGUAUACGCCAAUAUUACUGCUCCAGCACCGGUGGUGUGUGCUGGAUACAAUUUUACAACACACAUUUUACUUUUGCGAUCGAACCCAAAUAUCAAUAAGGAAUUCUAAUUUAUCUUUUGUAUUAUGCAGCUGCUGUUUAUACAUAGCACAUAGUGCGGAAAUUAUUUUUUUAUAAAGUGUACCUACGUGGAGAGUGUGCAGCCAGUACACAGCCAAACACAAGAGGUGUUAUUGAUUUCGUUAUUUCACUCGGACAGAGUCACCGUUACUGCGUGGACCGGAAACCGUUCGUUAUUUGUGGCGGCAGAAACAUUGUGGGAUUUACCGCGGACAAGAGGAGAGCGCGUGACUAAGAUGGCAUGGUGCUCGGGGGCAACUUUAUAGCAAAUGUUGCCAACAACCUGCAGAAACACGUGCAUUUUACCGAUUGUGGCAACUUGCGUGGCAAUGGCUUUAGUCAACUUAAGUUCUGUCUACAGAACAAGAGGAAACUUACUCAUUGUUUUUUUCGGUAAAGUCACGUAUGUAGAAAUACAAUACAAUUAUAUUGAAACAAAACAAUCACGACGUUUCGAUCACAACACAAGCGAUCUUCAUCAGGUGUCAAGAACAAAUCAUGGAGGUAAAUACAACAAGAAGAUGAGAGAAUUCAACAAACCUAAAAAAUAUUAUGUAAAGCACAACCAGUCAGGCCAACAACACAGUUAGACACUUCCUGGGGGACCACGAAUUUCAGAAGAGUGUUAAAUUUCGUGUUCAACCUCUGGAUUGCACAUACCAGCAUAGAAUGAAAAAAUACGAGGUACACAGUCAGUAGAAAUACAUAUACAACUCAUAAGAGGCAAGGAGCGGAGGAAAGACGGACAGGGAAGCAAGGAGAGAGAGAGGGGGCUGGAGGGAUGAACAGAAGCCUUAAAUAGGAAAUAAGGUUGGGGGGAGGGGCCAGAGAGAGUGCGGCAGCUGAAAUAAGCACCAAAUAAGCACCACCUACACAUCAACAGAAGGGGGAGGGGUGGGAACAGGCUUGGGGUGCACAUUUAGGACAGAAUUGCAACGGUAACUUCCCCGUAGAAGUGUGUUAAUAAAGAUUUAAAGCUUUCGUGACUGCAUAAAAUUGAAGAUUGCAUCGCGAGAGCGUGUGGGAUCUCGGUGACAAGGUGGGUCUCCAUCCAGCAGUGGCUCGAUCGUGGUUAAUGACGACGAGCGUGGUCUUUUUGGGGGUAUCACGUUGGCCUUCCGUGUGGAUUUGAGCCGGGCGGUGCAUCCACGAACCGUUUGGAUGCUGGCCUGCAGGAGUUGCCAUGGGUUGCUGCCAUGGAGCCGAAAAGCCACGCUAACAUCUGGAAGCACUCGGGCUCUCUGCGUCAGCUGUAUGGGGCUGUCCGUGGCCACACGUUGGUCUGUAAUCGUUACUCACGCUGAGAAUGUUCAGCCUUUGUUUACACACGUUGUCUAUACAGUAACUCAUCUUCAAGAAACUCAUCGCCACUACAUCCGAUGUUGACUUUACAUGUUCUGAUCAUGGCAAAUAACCUUUCUAAAACUAAAACAGCGUGUGCAUGUUGCAUAACUCACGUGUGAUGCACAAUCCCGUUUCCGCCCCUUUUCCCUACGUGCCUCCUUGCACUGGAACAAACUUCCCCUCCACAUGAAGCAAGCACUCCUCCCUCAAGACCCACCUGUUCUCCCUGGUCCAUCCUUCCCUCCAUCCCUAGGUGCCUACCCGAAAUCCCGUACCCACUAAACCUACCUCCCCAUACCCAUCCCUAUCCACCAUACCACCUUUAGCUACCCUCAUUGUACCACUCGUCAACUCUUGUAAAGCGCCUUGGAUAAAGGCGUUAUAUAAAUAUAAGAUAAGAUUAUGGUUGGAAUAAGUCCUUCGGCCAAUUUGAUAAAUUACUACAAUUCAGGGCCAUGAUAUUCUUCCAAUGUUUUCUACAUUGUAUGGAACCACUCACGGUGGCUGCAGAAUAAUGUGCGUUAGUUUAUUUAAUUUGACCAGGUGGUGAGAAUCCAAGAGGCCAGGAUGAGCCUCAUUUGCAAGAGUGCCCUGGGGGCAUCAGUCUGCCAGGAGGGGGCGAUGAUUGCUGCCGUGCGUAAAAUCUCAAUUGAGUAAAUUUUCGAAUUUCAGCAAAUUUGGACUGACGCCGGCACACAACGGCCGACUCUUUGCGUUCGGCGUCAGUAGAAUCUUUGUUCACUGUGAAGCAGGCGGCGUGUAGUAUUUUUCAAGCUGUUUCACCCGCAAAGCGACACCAGUUCCCCCCACAGAAGAAGCAGAACUACUGUCUUUCUAGAGCUGCGGUUCAGAAGAGAACCCGCUCUCUUCAGAACAAUUGGUGGAGGGAAAGGGUAAAGGAGAUUUAGCAACUUCCAGACACAUUAAAAAAAACCUCCCACGAGUCCUUCAAAGCAACCAAAGCCAUCUAUGCCCGAUAAACCAAGGCCGAACGCCUCUCUCUGCUCCAGCGAUGGGACAAUGCUCUCAAAGCUUUCCAAACUCUCAUUAAUGACAACACGCGCCGUCACUGCCACAAGCUAUGUGGUUCUAGGAUUGACCUCAUCAUCCACCUCUGUACCUACAAAACCUGGCCACCAUCGCUCUCCUUGGAGGAUCAUCAUACUCGACCUUGAGGAAUCCCAGGUGGUGAUGAUGCACCCACAGUAAUAAUCCCAGGUGGUGAUGAUGCACCCACAGUGAUAAUCCCAGGUGGUGAUGAUGCACCCACAGUGAUAAUCCCAGGUGGUGAUGAUGCACCCACAGUGAUAAUCCCAGGUGGUGAUGAUGCACCCACAGUAAUAAUCCCAGGUGGUGAUGAUGCACCAACAGUAAAAAUCAGGGCGGCCACUGGAUUCGAACCGCGAAGCUCUGCGGCAAGUGGUGACCGCGUCACUGCCGCCAUGUGAACCCAUGACUACUUACAGCACAGAUUACAGCCCUUUGUCUAGCCACUUCCAAGUGAAGGCCUCCCCAUGCCGUUUUAGUCAUUGAGGUUGUUUGACCAUUCUUCGCCACACCGGUUUGUGCGGGUUAGUGAAGGGAGAAUCAGAAACUGUUCGGAUGUCACUCGCCCACCGAUGUAAGCCGUGGCCUGGAAUCGAACUCGGGUACUGGGUUCACAACACAGUGUGUUAACCAGUGUGCUAUGGCUCUACGCCAAUAAGAAUUUUAAAAAGCAUAAAUCUUACACAUGCAAACUAAACUCUAAAGUUUUUAUGUUGCUUGGUAAGGCCCACUGAGCUAUGUAGCUAUUUUUCAGAAGUGACCUGGCCACAAAUGAUCGCUCAAAGAAGUCGCUUAUCAUGACGUGGAAAUGUAUAGCAGCCAAAUACUCUAACAGAAUGUUUCAAAAUUAGACCCGGAGAAAAAUCCACACAACCACGAUGAGAACACGACCUCCUGUAUACCAGAUGAGGUAGUUAACAUCUCGCCUCCCUGUAUGAAUUAACAUUUUUGUUUGCGUUGCUGGUAAACGCAAGAAAAACAUUCAAUAAACCAUUUGUCGGCUUGCUGAACAGGUCGACAGCUACCGACACGUCCAGUUCAGCGUGGAAGAGUAGACCAAGUUCCCUCUAGAGCUCCCGCUAGUGCAGGCCCUUCCUUCAGCAUGGCGUGAGCUGCAAGCAACUGCAGGGCUGCGCAUUUACCUUUGAGCUGUGUAACGAGGGAAGAUAUAACUUUGCGGUGACUUAUGCCACCGUGUACUUUGCACAUUCGCGUUUGCCGAUCGGCAUGUUCGUGACCGACUUUUGAAACCGGUAACUGGUCCUGAUAACGGUUACUGAUUUACUGGUUGCCGUUUCACAACCCUAGUAUGAAUAAAGUUUUUACUAGAUUAGAGACUGCACCGUACAGUGAGGGAAAAAAGUAUUUGAUCCCCUGCUGAUUUUGUACGUUUGCCCACUGACAAAGAAAUGAUCAGUCUAUAAUUUUAAUGGUAGGUUUAUUUGAACAGUGAGAGACA